AAGCCCUCUCCCCACAGGGCUUCUGGUUGCAGAGCCCCACGCCCUCCCAGCUGUUCAAGGAACAAGAGGAAGAAAGACAGGCUUGAAGGUUCCGGCCCCUGUUCACUCGCCUGCCUCAGCUAAGGGCACAAUGCCUGCAGGAGUCUCCUCCGAGUUCCUAUUCUUGGUGCUGAACGUAGCACUCUGCCCAGUGGUCACCCAGGGUAAGGAAGUGGUGCUGGGCAACGAAGGGGGCACCGCAGAGCUGCCCUGCUCAGUGUCCCAGAAGAGGAGCAUGUCCUUCAGCUGGAAAUUUCCCAACAACACCAAGAUCCUGGCACGAACGAACACCUACCUGACUCGAGCGAAGACCCACCUGGAUACACGCACUGACUCCAAGAGCAGCCUGUGGGAUAAAGGAUACUUUCCCCUGGAAAUCCGGAAGCUUGAGAUGAAAGACUCAGGGACCUACAUCUGCGAAGUGGAUAACAAGAACAUGCCAGUGGAGCUGCAGGUGUUCAGAUUGACUGCCAGCUCGGGCACUCGCCUGCUUAAGGGGCAGACCUUGACCCUGACUGUGGAGGGGCCCCCGGGCAUCAACCCGCCAGUCAAGUUCAUGGACCCAAGAGGUCAAAUUUUCGAAAGGACAAAGACCAUCUCAGUGACAGAUCUGGAGAUCCAGCAUAGUGGCAAAUGGAAAUGCACCAUCUCCCAGGACAAGAAGCUGCUCCAGUUGGACAUCGACAUCCUGGUGCUAGGUUUUCAGAAGACAACACUCAGCACCUUCUACAGAAAAGAAGGGGAGUCGCUGGAGCUGUCCUUCCCACUGACCUUCGACAAUAAAGACCUGGUCUUCAACGGGAGGCUGAGCUGGCAACCAGACGGGGCUUCUUCCUCUCAGUCCUGGAUCACUUUCUCCGUGGAAAACAGGAAGGUGUCUGUAGUAAAAGUCAUCCAGGACCCCAACCUCCAGAUGGCAGAGAAAACCCCACUGAACAUCAACCUGUCCCCAGUCUUGCUCCAGCAUGCUGGCUCUGGAAACCUGACUCUGACCCUGCCUGAAGGCCAUAUGCUGUACCAAGAAGUGAAUCUGGUGGUGAUGAGGGCAUCUCAGAACCAGAACUCUCUCAUCUGUGAGGUGCUGGGACCCACCUCCUCAAUGCUGAUGCUGAGUUGGAAGCCAGAGAACAAGAAGCCCCACAUUUUGAAGCAAGAGAAACAGAUUCAGGUGCUGUCUCCUGAGCCAGGGACAUGGCAGUGUCUUCUGAGUGAUAGGGGCCAGGCCCUUCUGGAGUCCACAGUCGAUGUGGUUUCCUCACAGCUGCACCAGGACCAGUCAGUGUUCCUGGCGAUGGUCCUAGGGGGCAGCCUGGGCUUUCUGCUCCUCACCGGCCUCUGCAUCUUCUGCUGUGUCCAGUGCCAACACCAACGGCGCCAGGCAGCGAGGAUGUCUCAGAUCAAGCGGCUCCUCAGUGAGAAGAAGACCUGCCAGUGCCACCACCGGCUGCAGAAGACUUGAAUCAUCACUUGAGGCCUUGAGUCGUUCCCAGCUGUACACCCCAUGUCUCCUGUUGGACCUGCAGACCACAUGAAUGUAGCAGAUCCCAGGGCCUCUGGCCUUCUCUUGUUCCCCUGCUGCACCUCUUGCCAUUGUUUCUCCUCCGCUCCCAGCCUGACUGGGCUCUUAGGUGUAUAUUCAGGCUUCAGAAGUUAAACUCACAGUCCAUUCUCCACAAGCCCUAGCCUGCCCAGCUUUCCAGGACUCCCUAGCAGUCCAUGCCUGCCUGAAACACAGCAGGGCCCUGUCAGUUUGCAGGACAGGACCUUGUGACCAGAGAGAGCAGGGACUCCUUGGAAGAUCACAUUGCCAGCCAGAGGCAGAAGCAGAUCCAAAGCCCCUGAAGUCAGUGCUGUCUGCCCCAGGCUGCCUGCUCCUCACCCUGUGUUGGCAGGACCAUCUCACACCCUGACAGACACACAAACAAGCCUCCCUGGACACAUGCACCACAUAGCCACACACCUGCCCUUGUGCAUGAUUUCUUAUCACUCAGGCAGCGUAUCUUGAUUUAUAAACCAGUGCACAUUCUCUGUCUGUUUUGUCAUCUAUGAAAAUCCCAGCUGGGCAUGGUGCCGCAUGCUUGUAAUCCCAGCACUGUGGAGGCUGAGGCAAGAUUGUUAGGAG